GUAGACCACUUGACUAAAAUUUAAUAAUGGAAGAAAGACAGAAGGGUGAAUUUCUGUUCCAGGUAGCAUCUGUCCGUUUUAGUUUCGGUAUUUACUUUGCCCUUUGUAUUCUCUUUCAGUUCAAUUUAUCCCAGUUGUUAUUGAACUAUCCUAGCCUCGUUAGACCACAAGUGCCUGUAUAGCUUUAAGAGAAACAUGUUUGUCAAAACUUUAACAAUAAUGAGGAACAUUUCGAAAUAUUACUCCGCAGUCCCCCUACUUCCCUUAUGGAGGGGCAGUGCACUCCCUCAGCUAACAGCUGCUUCCGCGGCGAGGAAGAGUUCUGCAGUCUGAAGCGGCAUCAAGAGCAAAAGCAACAGAGGACCGCUGCUGGAAGGAGUUAGAGGGCCAGUAGCAAAAACAUCUCCCACAGCCUUCCCCAAGGGGCUGACGGGCCGAGAAAAGGCAGCUUUCCCGGCAACCUUAUACCAUCCUCUCCCCCAUGUGAAAGGGGAUCGUAUCUUAGGGGGACCAUGAUGGGAGCCUUUGGAGUGAUCGCUGGGAUGCUACACUACCUGGGACUGUAUAUCCAACUCGGUGUAUCCACAGCUAGGCAGAGUGGGCAGCAAAAUCCUCAGUGGGAGAAUCGCAUUUCUGCAAAUGCUUUAUUUACUGAAAUUCCACAUGAUGUCAUUACCAGAGCUGGGCAAGAUGUGGAAAUGGCAUGUUCCUUUCGAGGCGUAGGCUCUCCUGCUUAUUCACUAGAAAUUCAGUGGUGGUAUGUCCGCAAUCACAAGGACUGGACAGACAAACAGACAUGGGCCUCCAACCAGCUUGCAGCAGCACAGCAGGAAGAGCCUGGGAAAGAUGCAACAAAAAUAAGUGUUGUUAAGGUAGUUGGAAGCAACAUUUCCCACAAACUGCGGCUGUCAGCUGUGAAGCCUUCGGAUGAAGGUACCUAUGAAUGCCGUGUAAUCGACUUCAGUGACGGCAAAGCGAGGCAUCAUAAGGUCAAGGCAUAUUUGCGGGUUGAGCCAAAUGCAGGAAAGGAAAAAAGCUACCAGGGGAUACACACACACCGGCAAGAAAUGAAGAUGACAGAUGGAAAUGGAGAAUCCCAUGAAUCUGAGAAUGACAAGUUGGGGAACGCUGUCAACCACCAUAAAGCAAGCUGGGACCCAAAAGGCAAUUUGGUGAAUGCAGACUGUGCCGACAACUGUGUACCAUAGACCAGCCCCACCCACCCACAUGCAAACAUUUCUGCAAUUGUACAGAUGGACUGCAUGAAAACAAACUUUACGGGACUGUGGGGGUGUGCAACUAGGAGUUUUUCACAGUGAAAGUCUGUACAGUGGAUGAACUGGACUGUCAGAAAGCAUGAAUCACUUCAAAAUACCAUCGUGCGUUUCACAAAGUUGUUUUCUUUGCUUUGGCUGUUGCAAUCAUGUUUGACUGAUUCACAUAAAAUUUUCAGCUGUUGGGUUUUUAAAGUACACUAAAACUAUCACGGAGAGACAGCAAUGAAUUCUGUAUAAAUAUGAAAUUGGUACUUCAGUGAACAUAAUGGGGGAAGCUGAUAAAAUUGGGGGUUUUGCACUGAUAUAAAUUAGUUUUAACUGCAUAUAUUUCUGCACCUCUCCCCCAUUGUCUCUAUAAAAAUAUUGAGUCUGUGUAGAUUUUUUUUCACUCUGAACAGACUAUGUCAUGCUUAGAUAACGUAAAUAAAUAACUGUUCAGUUGGUAUACUGCUGUAGAGUGAGGUCUGUAAAAAACAUCUGAGGAGCAUCACUGAUUAAAAAAAGACUUCCAGAUGUC